CAAGCCAUGUAGACUAGUUCAGACCAACCAUGUCCUCUGUGCAUCACCGUGAAGUUCAUAUACGUGCCUAUUAUUCACAUGAACACAACAGUACAAUCCCCAAAGGCGUGUAUACAAUAGGAAUAUAAGUACAUCGAUUGACGUCCCAACCCAAAGAUAGACGCGUAUUCAAACAAAGAGGGGGAUAAAAGAAAGGCGUUACAGGGCAACCCGCAGAGGAUCUCUUCUAACAAAAUAGAUUAUUUCCAUAUUUAUCUAUCCGAAGUUUCUUAAAGUUUCCUCUCAGAAGGUCAGACGGUGAGAAAAUACCUCGUUCCUGUGAUAUUAUUUUAAAAAACAACGUCUAUUAUUACCCGUCGGCGAGGCGAGCUUCUGAUCCGUUUCAGUGGGAGAGGGAUUCCCUCAACGUCACCAAGGAUACCAAACACAACACCAAAGUACAAAUAUGGGCAUGUACGUCAGCGGAUCUCCGAGGCGGGAUUUAAAAGCUAGAAAAUGCCUUGGUUAUUCUCGGGGAGGAUGGAUUCAUUCAUAAGAGAAAAGGUCUGCUACUGUGCAGCGUCCCAUCUAACGUCCUCUGGCAUUCCUCGAGUGGACUUUAUGGACAUAAGCCUAAUAAUCGCACAGUUGAAGACGGAAUAAAGGACAGCGCGCCGCGGAUUCACAGUAAAACGAGAGCACUUCGGAAAAUAGAUUCAUUUGGGACGCUUUCCCCCCUCGACAAGGGGAACUGGAUUAAGCUUCUUCAUGCAACUUUUUUGGAAAGACACCAAGAGCAUCUCAUCGGGGAAUUGUAAAAACAUCAGCAACGGUGACCUCGCGCUUUAUCUGCUUGCUGAAGGUGUCACAUUCCCUCUCGGUCCCUCCGGGGAGAUGUACCAAGGAUUCCCCGGCGACCUAGACAGCGGUUCCCGUGGAAGCUCCUCUCCAUCCAUAGAGUCCCAGUACUUUUCCUCCGUGGACUCCUUCGGAAGCCCGCCGACCACAAGUGCUCCGCAGGAGUGUGUGUCAGCGGGAGCCGGAUUGAGCAUCGUGGGAAGCGGGCCAGGGGCCAGUGUCGGCGCAGAGAUGCCCGGUUCCUUUGUGCCCACCGUUACCGCCAUCACCACCAGUCAGGAUCUGCAGUGGAUGGUACAGCCGACCCUCGUCGCCUCCCAGGCCUCUGGGCAGAGUGGGUCCACUGGGACGACGACCAUGGCCCAGUCAAUGUCGUUGAUCGACCCAUACGACAUGCCAGGCCCCAGUUACUCCUCAGGGUCUACAUUCACCUCCCCAAGUUCAGAAAAUCCAGGCCCCGCCCCGGGCCCGAUCCGCCACUCCAGAACCCGCACUCGCCGUACACGAGACGAGUCUGUGAGUGACGAGGGGGAUGUUGGUGUGUUACUUACACCAGAGGAGGAGGAGAAGAGGCGUGUUCGGAGAGAGAGAAACAAGUUGGCUGCCGCCAAAUGUAGAAACCGACGACGAGAACUCACAGACAGGCUUCAGUCGGAAACGGACGUACUGGAGGAGGAGAAGGCAGAGCUGGAGGCUGAGAUCUCUGAGCUGCAGAAGGAGAAGGAGCGUCUGGAGUUUGUCCUGGUGGCCCAUCAGCCAACCUGCAAGAUCGCCUACCAGGAGCCAUCUCAGCACAGCUCAGCGCAGCUCCCUGUCCAGACCUUACCACCUGCUGUCUCCAUUGUGGGCUUGUCUGUGAAGGAAGACUCUUUCUAUCUGCCUCCUGCCUAUUCAGCCCAUCCGGCCUCCACACACUCCCAGCCUCUGGUUCAGCAGCCAGUCCAGCAGCAACCUCAGCCAGGGAUAAUGCAGGAGGUAGAGUUUUCUAGUUCUUUCUAUGGCUCAAGUGAGCCGGCGCCAGGCGGGUCGUGCCACAUGGCCAGCGACAGUGGUGGUGGUGGUGUUAACCGUGACGAUGCGGCCAUUGGCAGCUACAACGCCUCAUACACAUCUUCAUUUGUGUUCACCUACCCAGAGGGAGCCUGCGGGGUCAGUGCCAACCAGCGGAACAGCAGUAGCGAGCAGUCCUCUGAUUCCCUGAACUCGCCUUCGCUGCUAGCGCUCUGACUGACCGAUAGACACACGCACACACAUAUCAACGAGCACAUGCAUUAGGGUCAUUGGAGGUAGAGGCCUGGGCGAGUAUGUGCAGAGUACCGAUCAGUCUCACAGAUUGGGAGAAGAGAAACGAUCUGUUUUUUUCAGAUUGGGUUAAAGUUUGCAGAUUCAUGCAUUCCAAUCAAGAGCCAUACAAAUAGUUACAUUAGCUCUGACCUUUGACAACAAUAUAUUAACCAUUCCUUGUUCUGUAUUAACAGAAUACCUGCAACUUUUACAAGAUAAGUGAGAAAAAAAAACUGAGUUACAAAAUCAUGUCCAAGUUGCAAAUCUUGAGUGCUCUGAGUUAAAAGAUGAAUUCCAAAUGAAUAUUCUCAAUCUUCAACUUAACAAUACAUUGAGAAAGAGACCACAAGCCAACUUUACACUCCAACAAGCACCAGUGCCCCAACCGCGUUCCCUCUGUCGGUUGAAUUUUCCAGUGCUCAGGCUCUCAUCCUUUUCCAUCCUUUUCUCUCAUCUUUGGCUCGCUGAAUGUAUUUGUGCAAGACAGAAAUUAGCACUAAGGACACUUUGUUCAGGUCUUUUCUUUUGGGAGAACAUCUGCCAAUUCCUUGCUCAUCUCUAACCUUUCAUCUGCUCGACUUCCCUCUGCUUCUUCAUUUUGCUGCUUGGACUUGGCAAGUCGGGGAUCUGAGUAUCUGAGAAUCUUCUGCUUUAUUCUCACACUUUUUUUAACUUUUGUAUUAAUCUGCCAAACUGCCAUGCGACCCAUCUCUGCCCAUCUGUUUCUCCUAUUCUGUCCCUGUGUUUCUCCUUCUCUCUGAAGUCUUUGACCCCUGAGAGCCCGAAGACCCCCUCCAGCCCUUGGGAACAUGAGUGAAUGGCAGCCCCAACUAACACGCCCUUUUGCACCCUCUCAUACGAGGACGUGGACACAGCCGCCAUAAGGAAGACCCUUUUCUUGGAGCGCAUUGCUCAAACCGGAUCCUUAGUGAACAGCGGCUACACUUACGCACAUAAUUGAUGUAGGCAAAAUGCAAGGCGGAUGCCACCGUCUUCUGCUGAGCCAUGGUCAGGAGUCCACAUAAUGAAAAUUAGACACGUCUUGUGUUGUGAGGGCCGGUUAAAAGUGAGGAUGAUAGAGGUUUUGCGGGUAGGGAGAUAGGAAAGAGCACCCAAGCUGGAUGGACUCAAAUAGAGAGGUGAUGGAUGACUCCCCAUCGUAUCCACAUCCAUUUUUGGAGAAAAAAAAGUGUUUUAUGUAGAAAAAAAAAGUUUUCUUUUGCCAACUGCAUGGAAACCUUCAGUGUCACAGAGCCUCAUCAUCCGGGGCCUAGAUGCGUAUAUUGAUACCAUCGCUUUCAAGUCUCUGAACUGAAGAUGGAUGUUUUGUUGCAGCACUCCAGCUCUGUGUUUUCCUCAGAACCAAUCAGAUGUGAACCGAUGCCUUUAUUUGGAGCACGGACCUUUUCAUAGAGAUUACAUGAGACAACCUCUAAACAUUUGGGCUCAGUGGUGUCUGUACCUCCUCUGUUCCCUCAGCGGAGACCAGGUGGGGGUGCGUUUAUUGUGAGUGCGUCCACUCUGUGGCCCCUGGCCCAUUUAUUUCUUUUUUUAUUGAGGUUGUUGUGGCGAGCAAGCGCAAAGCGAGAGCUGUAAACAAAAGGGGAGGACCCGUGUGGUGGAGUGAGCGUCCUUUUCUUUGCCUGUGAAUUUGUACAAUUUGUUUUCAGUAUGUUUGAGUGAGAAUAGUUGUAUAUUUUAAUGUUUAUGUUUGUUUGUGCGUGUGAUUAUUUUGCAUUGACCUCUGCUUUCAUUUGUAUUGUUGCCAUUUCUUGUUUUGUGAUUUUCUCAUUACUGUUACUAUAAGUUGCAUCGUGACUAUCGUUUAUUAUUUCGUUGUAUUUUCAUUUGGCAACUUUGGGGGCAUGUUGUGCACUACAAAAAAAAAUUAACUAUAAAUCUAUAUGCACAUAUAUACAGGUAACAUCUAUAUAUAAGUGUACGUACAAUGAUUGUAAAAUAUGAAUGUCUGCAGAUCUAAAUGGAAUAUUUUUGUCAAUGAAGAACAAGAUAAAUCUUACUGAGGUUUAGUUUUAAAAUAGAUAUUUUUCUAAAAGAGCACAAAAAAACUAUAAUAGAUUUAAAGUACCGCCCUGUCCCAUGAAGCACGAUGUCAUUGCCUCUAUCAAGGUGUAUUUAUGUUUUAUAAACAAUAUAAAGCACUAUCCAAGUUACAUUAAAUGUAUGUUUAUAACUACGAUGUAAGAAGGUUCUGGUAAAGCCUUUUUGUGUUUGUUUUUGUCUGUGAGGUCUGUCCCAAAGCUACUGACACCUGGAUGCCACUUGGCCCUUGGCAGAUGCAAAAUAAGGGGGAAAAAAUUGUGUGGUUGAAUGUCAUUAAAGAUAUUAAAAGUGUUCAGGAUAAAACAUAAUGACCUAACUGUUUGAUUAAGUAUUCAUUUCUGCCCAAUAUAAAAAUAGCACUCGAUAAAAUUGUUAUUUGCUGAGUGAAUCCUAUUUUUAAAGGAUAAGAACAUUAUCAUGUUGCUCCAUUCAUGUACUCAAACAACUAUUUUGUCUUAUUGAGAUGAACAACUAUUGUGAUUACGUUUGCUGGAUAAGAGGCUUUAUUUUGCAUGAAUAAAAAUGUUUAUUUUAAAACAAUGACCAAACGGAUGGUUUAAACGUGGCUCUCGGUGUUCAGACAAUGGGCAGACCUCAUUUUUUAAAUGUUGAAUAAGGACUGUGUUUGUACAGAUGUCGGAGAGCCUUUUGGUUUAUCUCCAAAUGCAAAUGUGAUGAGCCUAUGUUGUCAGAAUAAGCAUAAAACAUAUCCAAUAGUUCUCAUGUAUACAGGCUUAUCGUGGUGCUACUUAUAGAAUGAUGGCGAGGCCGUUUCACGUUCAAUGGCAGAAGGUUGCACAUUGCUGUUGCUGAGGCGCUACACAAAUGAACACACUCGCUUGUCUCACCGAGACGUUUGAUUCUGAAAGGCUGCCAAUAACACAGUGAAUUCCCAGCAACUGAAGCUCUGAGAGCCGAGUAAUCACUCUGUGAUUUCAUAAUGCUUCAAUAUAAAUUUCUUGCUACAUCUUUAAGUGUGAUGAACAAUGUUCAGAGGCCCCUUGCUCUGAAAUUGUACUCCAAUUGUGCCCCAGAUCACCACACAACAUAUGAGACUCAUUCUCCCAUGUGACAUCUUUGCCUUGGCUUUCCUGGAAUUUGCUUUAAAAAAAAGUUUACAUAAAAUAAUACAAGAGAAAUAUUUAGCUGUUAUAAAACAGAGAAACUGCAUACUGUUAUACUGUAGUAAGGCUAAUGUGUAAACAAGAGCUUUGCUAUUUUCUCUAUGGAGGUGAAUGUUGAUAUAGUAUGUAUUUCUAUCUUUCCAAAACUCCCAUAUACACUCAAAUUUCAUACUUGCCCUGGUAUGAAAUGCAAUACAUUAUCCUCUUGGAUAAACAUGAUGUAGCCAAUCACACAGUGCUCAAACUGACCGCUACUUUAUGUCAAGUGUGGUGAUAUAUUGCUUUAACAACAUUUUUUUUUUACAAUGUUAAAAGAUAUGCUGAAUAGUUUUUGGUUUGAUAUAUUCAUCCUGAAGAAAUGUUGUUAAUUUAUCCAAAAGAAUAGUUUACAUGUAUCAAUCAUGUGCUGAAACACUAACAAGGUUCAUCCAUUUUGAAAAGCCAAUACCUAUUGUCUAAUCUAUUCUGUUAAUCAAUGUUUCUUUGUUGUAUUAUUUUUAUUUCUUUGUAGAACAAAUUGUUAUUUUGUCACAUUUGGGAAAAGAAUGUGGGUGAUUUACAUGUUUCGGCUACAGUAGUUAGGAGCUCAAAUAAACUUUUUUUUAGGUAUAUGAUUUAGGGCACACAGAUAAUCACAUAAUAAUGAAGGUGCUCUAAUAUACAAUUGUUUAUUUGUUAUUAUUCUGUGUCCAUAUUUCAGCUUCUGGGCCUGUUUUCUGUUAUAAAAGUUUACAUUGUAAUAUUAUUUUCACAGUUUUUAGACUGCGGAAGCUUGGUGGGCUGUCUCCUCUAAUGAUUUGACCAAUGCAAUUCCUUUCAAAAUUGUCAAGGGAUUACAUAAACAAAACAACAUAUUAUGA